AUUGAAGCGCUCUCACAAGGGGACAUAAACUCAAGGAAGCUUGUGCUUGCUUGAAAAGGUGGCAGAAUGUUAUAUUUUCAUCAGACUUCAUUUGCAAUUGAUUUUGUUGCUGUGCAUAUACUUUCUUUUACAAAGUGUUCUGCAAGGGUAAAAGAACUAUAAACACGUUUGCUAUCUGUAGAAACGACGGAUCGCUCACGAGGAGGUAGGAACGAUCAGCGAGGUUGUGCUGAGGACUCAUGCAGUGCUUUGUUUAUGGGUCCAUCCUUUGGAUGAUCAAGGAGCAUGUUCUUGCCCUUCAUAAAUAAAACUGCAUCAGAUUACUGCAGCUGAAAUGGUAGUAUGGAGAGCCACAUUUCUUUGUUUCCUGUAACACUAUAGUGUACAUCUGUCAUGGUUAUGCCAGAGAGAUUGUCAUACCGACAGACCCUCCAGAUGAGGAAGAUCUUUGUUGGGUGAAGGGUAGUGCAAAAAGUGCACAGUGCAGUAUGGAAAGUCUGGCUGAGAAGGAUUCUAUACUCUAUGCUCGCUUAAAAAAAAAGAAAUAUCAUCCCCUUUCAGACCCUGGAGACUGAGUUGUUAGAGACCAUACUUUUCUUGGGGCCAGCUUUUUGUGAGGUGGUGCCUAUCUUCUCUUCCUCAUGUAUGAUAUUGGAGUCCAGGCAAUAGUUCCAGAUAGUUUAUUGGAAAACAUGCAUGCUGCACUUUGAGACAUCCCCACUCAAGAUAGUGCGUGCUUCCCGACAGUACCUGUACGAUGAGUCUGGCAACGAAUAUCUUGACUGCAUCACUAAUGCUUCCCAUGUAGGCCAUUGCCACCCACAUGUGGUCACUGCAGGACAAGAACAGAUGGCCAGACUGGUCACAAGCACAGGUUUUCUCAAUGACCAAAUGUCGGAAUAUGCAAAGCGUCUCAUAAGUACAAUGCCAGAAUCUCUGAGCGUAUGCUUUUUCUUAAAUUCAGGGUCAGAAGCAAAUGACUUGGCUAUUCGUUUGGCACGUGCAUAUACCAAGCAUGAAGACGUUGUCUGUCUUGACAGUGCAUAUCAUGGAAACUUAGGCAGCUUAAUUGAAAUCAGUCCUUCCCGCUUUAAGAAACUUGGAAGCAGCCACAUCAAGAAAGACUGGGUUCACAUUGCACCAACUCCUUACCUCUAUCGUGGAAAGUAUCGGGAAGAUGCAAGCAAUCCAGGUCUGCUUUAUGCGAACGAAGUAUUAACUGUCAUCAAAAAGGCCAAAAGCUCAGGCAGAGAGAUUGCUGCUUUUAUCUGUGAACCACUGAUGUCAGCAGGUGGAAUUAUAAUUUAUCCCCAGAAUUACCUGCAGCAUACAUACAGGUAUGUAAGAGAAAUGGGAGGCGUAUGUAUUGCAGAUGAGGUGCAGUCAGCUUUUGGAAGAACUGGUGAACACACCUGGGCAUUUCAGACUCAAGAUGUCAUUCCUGAUAUUGUCACUGUUGGGAAACCGAUCGGCAAUGGCUAUCCCUUUUCUGCUGUGAUCACAACCAAGGAAAUAGCAGAUUGCAUUGGAGAGUUCAGUACUACUUUUGGUGGCAACCCUGUAGCCUGUGCUGUAGGAAUGGCAGUCCUGGAUGUAAUAGAAAAUGAGAAGUUGAUGGCGAGUGCCAGAUCAGUUGGGAAAUGCCUUCUUGAUGGUUUCCGCAGCAUCAUGCCUUCACACCCAAUGAUGGGGGAAGUGAGAGGAAUGGGCUUGAUGGUUGGAGUAGAACUGGUGAUUGACAAAGAAAGCAGAAAGCCUGCUAGUGAAGCCGCUGAAAUUUUGGCAUACAGGAUGAAAGAAAACAAGAUCAUUAUUGCCUACGAUGGAUUGGAAAAGAAUGUGAUGGUCAUGACACCUCCUAUGUGCUUCACCUGUGACAAUGCUCAUCAUGUGGUACAGGUUUUUGACCAGCUGCUUCAAGAGAUAGAAAAUGAAGCUGCCACCACUGGCUUAGCUGCAAGCAGUGUAGGAAAUCCCAGCACAUCUGGUGUUGGCCCCUUGCACAGAAUGAUAAGCAAUGCUCGCUUUAACGCAAGUGAUGAUGACAGUGAUGACAACGUAACAUCCAAAUGUGCGAAAUAUGAAGGGGUGGACUGAUACAAACUUUGUUUCAAAGCUUGGUGGUGGUUGUGAAGCUGUGAUCUGUUUUCAUGUAUAAUUUUGUUUCUGUUAACAGAUUUUGCUGUUGUCACAUGUUAAAGAGUCUUUAUAAAAUGGUUGGUUGUAAAAUGACAUACAUCUAAGUUUAUACUCUGCAAUUGUAAGCUAAUUCUCUAAUUUGUUGUUAAUGAGGAUGAAAUACUUCUGUUUUCCAAAUGGUUUUAAUAUUUCAAUAUAGUACAGGGAAAUGUUUUUAAAGGAUUUGUUAUACAGCAACAUUUGCAUAGCAUCAUCCUGGUACUACUUUAAAAAAAAUUGUUGAGCAGAAAGGAUCUGGACUUCAUUUUCUUCAUAUACUGAAAAUGUGUAUGUAUGAAAUUAUUGUCAUUUGUUGUUCACAUUGAAAAUGAUGAUGGAUAUUGAAAUUAAAGUUUAUCAUCUUAUAGUAUACAAUAUUUGUAAGAUCAUGUGAUACAUGUACUACAAGCAGCCAUUUUGUUUUCUGCAACAGGCAGAGAACUGUUGCUUUUGUUGUAUUUUGUUUGCUAAACAAUUGCCACUUCCUUCAGUUGUUCUACUCUUUGGUGGAUUUAAAUCUUAACAUUUUUCUCUGCUUAAGAUUCUGGCUUUAUGUGAGUCAAGCUUGGAUGAUCCUUUGAUCCUGCCUUCUGCCUCUUCACUGCCAUUUCAUUGAAAUCUCUGUGACCGUCAUGUGUGCACCAAAAAUGGACAACUGUAUGUUGUUGCUGCAUCCACUGUCCACUACUACUAUUACCCCGGAUACUACUACAAUUACAAAAUAUAGCUGCAAAUCAAAAGACUGUCAGGAGAAUGAGAGAAGGCUAGAAAGGGAUAUUUUGGUUGUGGUACUGAACCAAAAUGAAUGUAUCUAUGCUGAAGGUAUUCAUCAUCUUCUCAGCACAAGUAACUACACUACACAAUGAGCUCUUUGUUUUGAGACCAUUAUUGUUAUUCUGUGUGUUUAUAUUUUUUUUUUUUACUGAAUUAUAUUUGGAAUUGGUAAUUCUAUGUUGAUGUCAUAUCGGUGAAAUAUUUAAUUUCUUGUUACAUUUUUGUCGACAGUCUCUCCCAUUGGUUCUGUCUUGUGUUGGUCAGUUUUUCUGGAUGAGCAUGUCAUAGGGUAGAUGAAAGAAAAGCCUGUUCUAUUUGCUGGUUCACUGAUGCCAAAAAAUUAACAAUACUUAAAGAGUUUUCAAAAUUAUGUUUCUGAGAGAUGUCAUUGAUGUACACAUAUGUGCCUAUAUGUUAAGCAGAAGCUUGUUUUGUUUGUAUCAUAGCCCUUAUGUUAAGGAGUGGUAAAUUUCAGACAUUUAUAAAAGAUGUCUGAAGAUAUAGUGAAGAUUUGAUUGUUCAUGAAUUCAGAACUAUUUGCAUCCCAUGAUUUAGCAAGUACAUUGUGCCUGAAUAGUGUUCCAGCUUGGCAAGUAAGUCCAGGAGGAACAGUGACAAGGUUCUCUAUGUUAUAUGAGAAAACUUUAUGUAUAAACUUGAGACCAAUGAAUACAACUCUAAUUUUCUGA